GUCUCAAUCUUACUCGUUUCACAAAUAUCAGAGAACAUCGUUCUAUUUUCAUUAUAGAUCAAAUGGACAACUCAAAAGAUUCGCAAGAUAAUCGUAUCAAACAGUUAAAAGCUUUUGAUGCCACUAAAUCUGGUGUCAAAGGAUUGGUUGAUGCUGCAGCUGGUGGGGCUGUCGAUAUUCCUGAAAUAUUUAUCCGACCACCUGAUGAACUCGCUGAAGAUCUGGAAGUUACCCGAACCAGUUUACGUAUUCCUGCUAUAGAUCUCAAUGGGGUUGAUCAUAAGCAAAGUUCAACAAGGGAAAAGAUCGUUGAAGAGAUUAAACAAGCUUCAGAAAGAUGGGGAUUUUUUCAGGUGAUUAAUCAUGGAAUACCCAUGAAAGUGCUUCAAGAUAUGCUGAAGGGGGUGAGUGAGUUUAAUGAUCUUGACGUCGAGGUGAAAAAGGAAUAUUAUUCAAGGGAUCCCGAGAGGAUGGUGAAGUUCAACACAAAUUACGAUUUUUACAUGUCGCGAGCAGCGAAUUGGAGGGAUACUUUGGUCAUUGAUAUGCUGAAUUCAUAUCAUCUUGAUCCUGAAGAUCUGCCAUCGGUUUGCAGAGAUGCUACCAUCAAUUACCUUAACCAUCUCACAAAAUUGGUGGAUAUCCUUUUUGAGUUAUUAUCUGAAGCUCUUGGACUCGAAACAAACCACCUGAAACAACUUGAAUGCGAGAAAGGUCGAACCAUUGCUUGCCACUACUACCCUGCAUGUCCUAUGCCUGAACAGACCCUAGGAGUCAGCAAGCACACRGAUGCUUCUUUCAUCACUGUACUUCUACAAAAUCAGGUUGGAGGCCUAGAAGUUCUGCACGGAAAUCAAUGGGCGCAAGUCGAGCCUAUUCCUUGUUCUCUUGUUGUGAAUAUUGGAGAUCUUCUUCAGAUUGUAUCAAACGACAAGUUCAAAAGCGUGAUACAUCGUGCCUUUGGCAAUCGAAGUCAAGCAAGAACGUCAGUUGGAUGUUUUUAUCAUGGUGUGGCUACACCUCCAAAAAUUUAUGGGCCUAUCAAGGAGAUAAUCACAAAAGAAAGUCCCCAAAUGUUUAGAGAAUUCACAGUACGGGACUACAUGAUGAAGUUCUACUCGAGGAGGCUUGAUGAAAAGUCUGGCCUAAACUAUGUUCGAAUAUAAGGCCAAUAUAUUUCUAUCAAGUUAUUUAGGUUUUCAAUAGAAGUUGGCUUCAAUCAUGUGACAUAUAUAUAGUAAAUCAAAUUACAUGUUUCUAGCAUAUUCUUGGUUGGGAGAUCUCAAAUUUGUGAGAACGUAAGUUUCUUGAAUAUUUUAGGCUCUCGUAUAAAGAUCUUCUUGGAUCUAAUAUGCUUAUGUUUGUAUUUCGUUAUUUCUAGCUUUGAAUUGUGGUUUGAGAUGGUUAUGGUAGCGAGGUACUUGUGGAUCUCAAGCCUUUAUGGUGUAAUAAUGUUAUAAAUAUUUGGGAAAUGUUUAUGAUUGGUUUGUUGGGUGC